GCGAAGGAGUGCCGGAAAGCACUAGAAGAGCGCCAUGAGAGACUCACAUCGAUGGGCAUUGCCUUGUGCCUGCGGGAACUGUGCACUAUCGAGAAGACCCCUAGCAUGGAUAUCUCCACGUACUGUGGGAAAAUCACAAGUCCUGUGUGACAAGUUAUCGAAAGCUGGUAUCAAAUUUGAGGAUCAUGUUGUGGCAUUAUUCAUUUUGGCUGGCCUCGUGACAGAUCCAAAUUACUCGACGUAUGUCAGAGUAACAAAGAUUAAUAAGGAUCUGACCUCGAGGAUGGUGAAGGCCGAUCUUCUACUUGAAGAAAAAAGAAUCGAUGCGGCUGCGGAGUCGUUCGAGCAAGGCAGCGCAAUUGCGACUAGAAGACAAUGGAAGCCCAAGCCACAUCAAAACAAAUAUGGUGUGAAGCUGAAGAACAGAGACACACAUAACCAGAAGUGUUACAAAUGUGGAAAAUGGGGCCAUAUUUUGUACUAG